GCCAUGGAAACCCAUUCCAUGAAGCUCUCUACGCACUGUUGUUGGGCUCAUCUGAAGGCCACACCAAGUUUGGACGUCUUUAGCUAUUGGCUCUGCAGACAGUUGAAGCAGUCUGCAUGCCUAGGGGCUUGAUUGUAUACACCUGUGGCCAUGGAGGGGAUUGGAACACCUGAAUCACAUGAUUUGAGGGGCGGGGGGCCCAAUACUUUUGGCAAUAUAGUGUAUGUAUUUUAGCAGUAUAUUAUGCGUGCAUUUGUUACUCCUUGAA